GGCGAAUUGCUGCAAGUCCUUCGGAUUUGAGACACAUCUUUGGAGACGCAUUCCUGAAUUGAUGGAAGCAUUUGGCUUACAACAAGCUAAGUUCACUUUACCACGAUCUAUUUUACCUUACCCGCUGCAUCGCCAUGAAGAUGUUUGGCAAGAGCCACCCAAUGCUUUUAGCCGUCUUCCUCUUCUGGCAUCCGAUCGAUGCCUCAGACGGCGGGGUCGCAGGCAUCGAUUCGUGUCAGGGUCAUGCCAGCCAGGCAACAUCCCUGCUCUCCUUGAAGACCGACAGGUCAGCAAAACAGAAGGCUUUGGAUGGUACCGAGAACAGCGAGCACGUUUUGAAUGGGACUGUAUGUUCCAACUGCUCCAACUCGUCCAACCAAAGCUUGGAAGACUUGGUGAAGACUGUGCUGGAAACUGACAUGAACCAGAGCAGCGCCAUGCCGGAUCCAGUGGGCAAUGGUACUGCCGGAAGCUUGGGACAGAAUUUGGAGUUCCUCUACUUGAAAGUGGCACAGCUGGAGACCGCCGUGGAGCUUCAGAGUUUGGAGUUGAGACAUGGAAGGCAAGAACUGCAUGCAGCGCAACUGGAGAUCCAAACCCUCAAGGAUCGCUUGGAUCACAAGGAGGUGGUGUUGCAACAAAUGAAUGCCCAGCUGAAGAGCAAGCUGAGAGUGGAAGAUGAGUUUGUUCCCGAGCUGAAAGUGGAGAGCAAACACCGAAUUGCUUGGUUGAAGCAGCUGAAGGAGAAGAAUCGCCAGUGGCAAGAAGAAACGAGCCAUCGAAGCCAAGACUUGUUGAUGUUUGUGCUCAAGAAGCAUCAGAGGCAGACCCAGCGCCGUUGGGGCAAGGCUGAGGCACCCCAGGUCAAGGCUGAAAGCGCAGAGUUGAAUGAAAUGAUGACCCAACGAGCGUCUCACCGUACUGCGCGCAGCGGGACAGCUAGCAGCGGGACAGCUAGUGCAUUGGACCGCAGUGUGGCUUCCAAGGGGGUUCCCAUUGUCGAUGACAUUGUGGAUGCGGGUGAAGAUGUUGUGAAUGAAAUCACGGAUGGUACGGGCUUGGUCGGGGAUGCUUUGAGCGAUGCCUACAAUCAGGCCACCGACAAGGCGGCAUUUGUGGCUAACACGGUGAUCGACACAGUAGAGCAAGCUGUGGCAAUUUUAAGUCAAGGCUUUGACUUCAGUGCCGAUUGUCCCAAUUGGCAAGGGCCUUCACUCUCUGUGAGCGAUUCUGACAUCUCGGUGGACUGGGGAAGGCAAAGGUGUAGAGUCACUUUGGUUGGUGAAACUUUAACACUCUUCGACAUGAAUUUUGGCAGCACUUCCGUGGCGUAUCCUGCACCCUUGACGGCCAUGAUUAGUGUCGGCCAACAGGUCUCGGGUUGCCUUUCCAAUGGGAAUGCUUUGGACGUGUUCAAGUGCACAGCUAAAGCCAUAGGUGAUGAGUUGUUGGCAGAUGUUCCAGCUUUCAAGAUCCUAUUUGCCUUGGCAGAGCACGUGGCAGGCUGCACUGGUGAUGCGCUCGAUGUGUUUACCUGCACCGCGGCCAAGGUGGGAGAUGUGCUCUUGCAGAGGAUCCCCCCCUUCAACCUCCUGACCAAUUUGGGCACCAUGCUCUCAGAGUUCAUCGCCUUCUUCGCUGAGUUGGCGAGUGCCUUGAUCCACACCUUGCUCUCAGAGACCAGCUCCCUCAUGCAAGUGGCUGUGAACAGCAGCUUUCCACGCGCUGGCGAGCAGCCCCUGCAGCUGGCCGGUCCCAAAGGCCUAACGGCACGGCUUUCCCGGCGCCAAAGCCGGGCGCCGCCCCGGCGCCCCGGACCGCCGUCUGGGAGCGCGCCGCCCGCGAGCGUCUUGCAGCGGGAGGCGGACCGGAAGCCCUCCAAUGACGUGGACAACGGCAUCGUGGGCUUCGGUAGCACGGAGGCACAGCCCUAUGCAUCGAUGUUGAUUACCCAGUUUGGUGGGGAUGAGAUCGACAGCGGGUCCUGCCUGGCCUUUGCGCCCCGUCAUCGCACUGGAAGCGCAGGGAAUGUGACCAAGAGAGACUGGCAGGUGCCAAGUCCUGAGAGUGAAGACUUCGUGAAGCUCGAACCCUGGGCAGUGCCUUGUGACAACCAAUGGGCCAAAGACAAUCCCAGCAAAUGGGAGGGGUAUUCCUUCUACACCUAUGAGUCUGUCAUCGAGAAAUGUGCCGCCAUCACGUACUCGAUGUCGGCUCAGCCAGUGAUCUCGUUCGUGGGCGGUUUGGAAUUUGAUCUCCUCCCUGCACCUCUGAUGGAAAUCACCACAGAGGUCUGCUGGCCCGAUCGAGUUUCUUCUCCCGAUUUGAGUCUCAUUGUCUUCACCGCUCGCAGUGCUGGCAUUGUCCUCUUCACCCACACCAUUCGCCUCCACCGUCGUUUUGGGGACGACGCCAACUUCACCAGCGGCAACUUCAAGGACUCGGUCGAGCGGCCGAGGAACUACUUCGGCAAGGGAACGGGUGAGGAUGAUGACAAGGCUUUGCAGGUUUUGUCCCGUGCGGCGGCUUUCAGUCAGACCGGCACGGAACAAAGACCUCGGGUCAAAAGGGAGUCAAAGUUGGAGGAGUUUGAAGUGAAGCAAGAGGACCUCUUCUUGGCAUCGGCCAAAUACGAUCAAAAGCUCGGUUUGAACAUCACCGCAAGAUAUGAAGGCGCAGCAGCUUCCAAACGGGUUCAAGCUGCUUUGUCAAAGAAGCUGGCGACCUUGCAGGAGGAGGAUGGAGAUCUGGGCGUCCACGAGCUCUUCGAGCUAGGAAGCCCGUCAGGUUCUUUGGUGGGCUUCAACAUCAAGGGUGAGUUGUCAUCAGGUGUAAUGCAGCUGAAGGUGCACAUUAGCUUCGGACCUGUCGAAUCUCCGACGAAGACCAUUCCCUUAAUCGACUUGGUCGACAAUCUCCGUGUGGUCCUGGCAGCACUGCCUUUUGUGUCACAAGCCAGUAAGCAGAAAGCCAUCGACGCUAUGGGCAACACACAUUUCGAUUUGGAACUGCCCUCGGCAGAGUUCUUGGGUUCAUUGCCACUGGUGAGCGGGGUGACACAAGCAUCUGGUCACGUGAGGGAUGCAGUCUUCGAGCGCAAGGAGGGCAUUUGCAGUGUGCAAGCAGCAUUGAAGCCGACGACUUGGCGAGACGUGGCCAUUCUGCCAGCCGAGUGUCAUCCCAGUGGAUCCUUGGUCUUCAACCUGAUGACAGCUUCGAAGAUCGCGAGUGUGGAGGUGGAUUCGCGCGGAGUCAUCACAUGGAUGGAAGGAAGUCAAGAUUCGUGGCUCUCCCUGGCUGGCUUGGUCUUUCCCGCCGUCUCACCGGGCUGGCCCAUUGAAUUGCAGAAUGGUUGGGAAAAUGCUCCAGCUCCCUAUGCCCCAGCGAGCUACACCUUGGUUGGCUCUCUGUGCUUCGUGGAGGGGCGCAUUGUGAGCAGCAGCAGUUGGGGAGUCCUAGCUCACCUUCCAGAAGACUGCCGACCAACCAAGAGGCUCACCUUCAACUUGAACGGCCACGGGGCAGCGACCAGUGAGAUUGAAGUCUUGACCAAUGGAGAGGUGAUCUACAGUGCAGGCCCCCAGACGAGCUGGCUGAGUCUGUCGGGCAUCAUCUUUGUCACCACCAAAGGUGUGGCCCAUGCGAAGUCGCUGGAGUUAGCAGGUGGUUGGGUGGCCAGUGGUGGUGUGCCCACGUAUAGUAUGACGCUUGGCCACUGCCUUGUGGAGGGACAAUUGGAUGGAAUCCUUCUCAAUGGCGGUGCCAAGCUGGCGACACUUCCUGUGGAGUGCUGGCCAAUGCGCAAACUCAUCUUCAGCAAAGCUUAUGGGACUAAUAACAUCGAAGUGGAUGUGAGCGAGUUCGGAGAGAUCUCCUACAGCGGCACGGAAGUUGUGGUCGGAGCCGCCCGCAUAAGCUUGUCGGGCCUCCUUUUCAGCGCGCCCUCCGAUGGACGGAGGAUGCUACCGACCGUGGGGGCAUGGGUCGCCAGCUUCACGAACCAAUGGGGAGAGGGUGCUUUCAUCAUGAAGAAUGGCUUCUGUAUGUUGGAAGCGCGACCGACAGGUGGCUCCCUGACGCCCCUCUCCGUGAUCGCCCACUUGCCGGAGGGUUGCCGCCCCACGAAGCGCUUGACCUUCAAUGUGAACCAUCAUGACUUCACGCACUCGGUGGACGUGACCCCUGAAGGUUCGGUGGUGUGGAUGGAUGGGCAUGCGAAAUAUACCUGGGUCAGCCUCAGUGGCAUCACCUUUGCGCCCGGAGACGUGGGGCGGAUCACCCUGCCCUUGGUGAAUGGUUGGACUCCGUAUGGUCUUGAGUAUGGGAUUCCAGAAGUCACCAAGCGCAAUGGCAUUUGCUCAGUGGAAGGAAGACUCUUUGGUGGUGGCUGGCAGAAAAUGGCUCAACUGCCACCAGAAUGCACACCCAGCAAGCGGCUGAUCUUCAACAUGAACAAUCUUGACAAGACUUCGCGAGUGGAUGUGCAAGAUGAUGGCAUCAUCAGAUGGUAUGCAGGCGGCAGCUCCUACAACUGGAUCAGCUUGUCCGGCAUGAUCAUUGUCCCAGACGAGUCCAAUGCAGUUCCGUUGGAACUCGCUAAUGGUUGGCAAAACUAUGGAUCCAUCUACGGCUCUGCAACUUAUGUCUUGCUGGAUGGUAUUUGUGUCAUUCAAGGCAUGGUGAAGGAUGGCGCGAAAGGGACCAACGUGGCGGUUCUGCCAGCUGAGUGUCGCCCCAAGUCGCGCUUGGUCUUUAACAUGAACCUGAGAGAAUCGGUCGCACGUGUGGAUGUACUGACCAGUGGAGGCCUCAGAUUCCAUGCCUCUGGCGCUUGGAACACUAAUUGGUUGAGCCUUACUGGGAUAAGCUUCACAGUUUAACUGGCUGAUGUGCCAGUUCAAAUUUUAAUAUUCCUGUUCAGCGCAACGUGCUCCCUUGAGCAAGCUUGACCGAUUUCUCGUCAGAAGGUCUGUCGGAGCAUGGCCGCAAGAAAUUGGGCUUUGCUGGAGUGUCUUGAAUGGGCUUGAAUGGAGUGCUUUGAUGUGUUUUGAGCCUAGUAUGAUUGUUGCCCUUGCGCUGGUUGUGCUUGUGCAAACAAACACCC